GAAUUUUUGUUGCUUCUUGCCAUUAGGAGGAGUGAAAAAUAGCAGAUGUCCGGGAAGAUGUGUUGAAGAUAAAGUAAAGACCAUCAAAAUGAGCGUUUGGUUAGUCAAAGGAAUCCUCAUUGCUAAAAUUGUCUGUCUCCUUGGAUAGUUAUUUCAGCAACCCGUUGAGUAGAGUAUAAUGGCGCUGGAACGUUACAUGUUCGAUGAGGCCUUCGACUUCCACGACCCAUUUGGAAAUGAGGGCAAGAAGAGUUCUUAUUCAAAUCCACCACAAGUUGAACGGUGGCAGCCUCUGGGUGCUGCUUCGACCGAAGAAAAUCCUGCUACCUUCCGUGAAAAUGAAUCAAGUAGCAAAGAUGAAUGUCAACAUCUUCUUGAACUUGAGAAAGAACAAGAAAAACUCAAUGCCUCGCUAAUGGCCUUAACAUCACAUUUUGCUCAGGUCCAGUUCAGAUUGAAGCAGAUUGUCUCAGCACCAAAGACAGAUCAAGAGAAAUUGCUUAGAGAACUUGAAGACUUUGCCUUCAUUGGUUGUCCUGAAACUGUAGGUCCAGAUGAAAGCAAAUUAAAAUGUGUAACCUGUACAACUCAUUUGGCAUAUGAGUGCUAUGACAAGAGGGUUACUUGUGAGAAAGAGAGACAGAAGAAUCUUGCUGACCAGCUGAGAAUGCUUCUUAAUGAAUUAGAAAAAUAUGCUGCCAAGCAAAAAGAUGCCAAAGUGAACUUAUUUGAAGACAAGACCCCUUCUUCUAAAUCAGAUAAAAAUAGAUAUAUUGUUGAACAAUUAAGAUCAAAAUUGAAUAUGAGUACAGAAGAAUUUCAGUCAAUGAGCCCAGAAGAAAUGAAAAACCAGAUCGACAAGGCAAUGGCAAAGCUUGUGAAUCCUGGAAAAGCAAAGGAGCAGCUCAUCACCCAGCUGUCGACUCAGAUCAAAGAUAUGGAAAAUUUCGUCGAAUUCUUAAAAGAUAACCAACAAUUGACUAUUGAAAGUGACAAAGAAAAGGUAGAAAAAGAUUACAAGAAUUCAGAAAGAGAGUCAAGUGCCCGUGUAAAGGCUUACAGUUAUCCAAAUGCUCACUCUGCAAGUCCAAGUACAAUGAGAAAGCAAGAAAACAGCUCAGGCAUACCUGCCCCCCAUAUUCGAUUUAUGGAAAUCUCAGAGGAAAAGAGAAAGAGGUUGCACGAAGCAAGUAUGGCGGUGAUAAGAAAAACACUUGCCGUCUUACAAAUAUUUGCAAUCAGUCAAUUUGGAUGCAGUGCUAAACACUUUGAAGAACACAUGAUGCGAAAGGCUGCUGCAACGGCGGCCUCAGCUGGUUACCAAAAACCUUUGAAUACACUUAAAGCUGCCGUCAGCCGAAUCGUAUCGAUACACGAGCAGCUGAAAGAUUUAGGGUUGCUUUUUCCCGACUCUGAUGACGAGUUACCACGUCCUGCCAACGGAAAGGUUUGGCCUAGAAGCAGAAUGUCCUCCUCAUCGACUGCAAUGAGGAGUCGUGCUACCUCAGUUGUUUCUAUACACACUCAGUCUUCCAUUGACGAUGACCAGCUGGAUGUUGGAUUGAAAGAAGAGCUAGUCGCGAUAGUCAGGGGAGAACUUGCUCCUUCGCUGCGAGACUUACUUCAGCAUGGUUUGUGCAGGACGAUUGAGCACUCGGUGUUGUCCACAAAGUCACUGCUUGGCUGCAUUUCUGACAAAUCGGCGAGGGUUGGAACAAUGCAUGCCUGGGAACUCUUCUCGAAUUUCUACAAAAUGAAGCAUGGGAACAACUUCAACGACCAGCCGAAUGUCAAGCUCUCAGAAUCAUUUGGCAUCGACUUGGGCGGCACUCAGGAAACGCCGAGACAGUCACUUUUAAUCGCGUUGCACCAGAUCAAAAGUUCGCAUGAGCCUCGUAAGAGAAGUUACGAUUCGAUGUUUCGUGCGUUGAUUUGCGCUGGGCUGAAUCGGCAGAAAUUACUGCUAUGGGUCAGGCUGGUCCUGCGAUGUCCAGAGAUGGUCGAUAAACAUUACGAGAGAUGGUCGUUCGUUGCACGAACAGGCUUCGACGAAGUUCUUGCUGAGCUCGAGAAAUUAGCGGACUUGAAUUUCUUUCUUCCUGAAAAUCUUGCCAUUAGGCAUCUGGUUAAAAGUUUUAAUGAAUUUGGAGACCCGUGAUAUUUUAAUUGAAUUAAAUGCAAUACAUGUAGUUUGAUAUUAGAUUGUCAUAUUUAUUUAAAAGCAAAAUUGGAUAAUUUGUGCUUCAUGGACGUAUCAAAUAUAUGCUUAUUUGGGUUAAAUUUUCAAAAUAUUUUUUUUGUAUAUUACAUGUAAAGAAAUUUCAUUUUAGGAAAGUAUUUUUACGAUGAUCUUGCGUUAAUUGGUUACUCGUUGCGAUUAAACCUGUUAUCAGAUCAAUCAAUUAUCACUGGCGUACGAUUCUUUCAAAGUGAGAUUCUUUCAAAGGUCUCUGAUUGUUUAGUACCACCCAUUCCCAAUUCAUUGUUGUUUAAAUGUUUUUAUUUUCCUUAUAGGUCAGUAGAUUAUGUUAGAAUGGCGUUUUAUUGUGUUCAGUAACGGAAGAAAUUGUAUUAAGCCAAAGUUUUAAUUUGUUUAAUAUUCGUUUACGGUAGAUAACUGGCAUCCCUGUUAAAAUGACGAUUUUCCUAAAGCAACAGCUAUAUAUUUUGGGGGUAUCAUAAAUUGUUUUCUCCAGUUCCCGGCUUGAGUGCAGUAUGAUUCGCCGUAUGAGUGCAGUAUGAGUGCAGUUUCACCAACUUUGCUCCUCAAUUCCCACCCAUUCUUAAAGAACACUCCCGUUCCCACGCCCCUUACACCUUUGAUCAAAACGACGUAUUUCCCACGAAAACGGCUAAAUGAAUACGGCUCUCCUUAUGUAAAUGAAUUAACCUUAUAAUGUAUAUGCCGUCACUAGUCUAUUUUGCCCUUGUUUCCCUUGAUAUUGAAUUUUAUAAAGGACGAAUUACUGAAUGGAAAACCCACAAAAUUUUGACCUUUUAUCGAGCAAAGAUCUCAAGCCACUCAGUGAAGUAGAAACUUAAUAAUUUGAAGCAUCUAAUAAAUUGCAUUUUGUUUGUUAUUUUAAAUGGAUGGCUGUGUACACCACCCAUUCUUUGGUAAUGGUAAGGAAUGGGAGGCCCACAGUCUCUUGUAUGGAAAUUCUCUAAUUAUUUAUCACAAAUGCACAUAAAUAUGUAUAUAAACCAGUGUGAUAUGCUAUAAACAAUGAAUAUCAAAAUUGAGAAA